AUGGCCGUUCACUCAUUUCGAUCCUCAUCCGCCCAUCAAGCACGCCCACAUGACCUAGAGAUCCCAGCUCAUGGCCACUCCACAGCGCCCACCUAUCGUUUCCUUGUCGGGGCAAUUCCCCUUGGCACAGAUUUCCCCUUAACGCCGAUAUGUGCUUGUAUUCCCGCGCCUGAAGCAAGCUUGAUCUUGAACUAUAAGCUCCUCCCUGUUGCUGCUGUGGAUGCUGGCGAGUGUGGAUUCGCGGACGAGGGCUUUGCCGUUCAACAUCUUCACCACUUCGAAGAGCCUGAUGUGCUUCAUAUCAUUCUCACCGAGGGCGAGCACAUGGACAACGUCGACUACCACGAGCUCCCCCAGACCGGGACUGCAGGCGUGGAGCUCCAGCAAGGCGAUGAAGAUGCACCCCCGGUCCGUUUCUAG